CCUCACUCUCCCAUAACAGAAAAGUGAAACGACAGAUAAUUUCAUUUGUAUUUGUAUUUGCAUUUGCAUCUACAUUUUGCAGCGACAAUGGAUUGCAUCGCAAGUUUGAUAGACAACGGGAGCGUUGAGAGCAGUCGCUACUUCCUGAGCCGUCGAACGGUGUUGGAAAUGCUCGCAGACAGAGGCUACGACGUCGUUCAGCACGCAAACCUCAUCUCCUCGCUGAGCGACUUCCGUUCCCGCUUCGGUCAACAACCAAACCAUGAAGACCUCGGUUUCUGCGUUUCGCAUCUCUCCAAUCCCUCCAACACUGUCCAGGUCGCGUUUGCCGGAACCGAUGCUAUAAAAGUGGGAACCGUCAUGGAAAUAUGCAGCCGGAUUGUCGACAGCGGAAACUUGAAAUCGCUCAUAAUCAUUGUGCAGAGCAAAAUCACUUCCUUCGCACAGAAAAAAUUGAUGAACUUGCCAUACAAAGUUGAGAUUAUCAGGAUUGAAGAUUUGCUGAUCAACAUUACAAAGCAUGUUUUACAACCAAAGUAUGAGAUACUGACUGAUGAAGAGAAGAAAGCACUGCUCACCAAGCAUAGCUUGGAAGAGAAGCAGCUUCCUUGCAUGUUAAAAACUGAUGGUAUAGCUCGCUAUUAUGGGCUGGAGAAAGGACAAGUUGUCAGAAUCACUCAUAGUGGUCCAGUGGUUGAUUCUCACGUGACUUACCGUUGUGUUGCAUAGUACAUCUGUUUCAUAUGAUGCUUAAGGUAACAAAAAAUAAUUAUAUGUUAUAUCUCUUUAAAAACUGUAAGCAAUGAUGGCAAAAAGUUUAUUAUGGUGGAGCCAUUGCAAGAGGAGGCUAUUAGUAGAACAUUUUUAAAUGUACUUAGAAAUAUAGUAGAAUUAUAUUAUAAUCACAUGUUAGAUUAGUUAA